AUGAACUUUAUCUCUGAAUUUUUACCUGGUAUCACAGUCCCCGAAGUCAUCCAUUUUCUGACGAUAGCCGAUUCUUGGAAUCGUCGCCACAUGCUGAAGGGGACGAGCCUACAAACCCGAGUUUGGGUGUGAUAGUGAUUUAUGCGCGUUCCGCCUCGAGCUGUAGAAACAAGGAGGUCUCGUGCGUGGAGGCAGGCAAAGAGUUAGCGAAAGGGAGCUAGAGGCGUUCAGUUGGCGCCGCCCACCAACCGCAUUGCCAAACGGCUCCGAGCUCUGUCACGCGGCUCCGUUCAUUUCCAAAGUCCCAAGCUCCCAAGCGCCAAGCCGCCGAUGUGGCGACGGCCUGGCUGAAUGCUCAACCCUUAUGUCCCUGACGUCCAGCGUUUCCGCUCAGUUUCAACCGCCUGGUAAGAACCGACUGUCGAACUCGUCGACUCAUUCUCUGGCCACUCUUAACAACAAUCCGCCUCUGCCAACUGGACCAAAUUCUCUCGAACCACUUCGGGAAACUACGCCUCUCACCAACGGCGGAGGCCGACUUAAGAAGGUUUCUGUGCCUGUGCCAGAGUCCGGCCGCAGUAGAUCCAAACUUCCGCCGCCGCCACCAGCCCUUCCAACCUAUUCAAGUUACCCGGUCAGUAUUUUUGAACAGGAAGAAAAGUAA